GACGUGGCUACGUGAAAAAAAGAGUAACGAAUUCGAGAAGGCGGUGAUGACGUGGCACAUUUCUCUAGAAGCAGCUCCAUUCUUCGACUUGCUUAUUUUUUCUUUUUUAAAAAUUUCGGGAAAUGUUCGAUUCUUCGAGAGUUCGAAUUCUCAGAGAGAAGAAGAAGAACAGAGAAAAUGGCGGCUUACUACAGAUGGAAGAGUUUCGAGGAGAACGAAGAUCGUCCACAGAAGCCUCGCCGUUACGGUGUUACGGAGAUGCGAGGUACCUCAUUACUCCGUUCUCAGCCAGAACCUUCUUCAGGAAAUUUUUGAAUCGAUGGGACAAUUUGUUGAUGGGUUAAAGUUCUCGGGAGGAUCCAACAGUUUGAUUCCAAAAUCAUUCAUCAAACAAGCUAUUGAAAUGGCUCAUGAACAUGGUGUGUAUGUUAGCACUGGUGAUUGGGCUGAACAUAUGCUUCGUAGUGGUCCUUCAGCUUUCAAAGACUAUGUUGAGGAGUGUAAGCAGUUGGGGUUUGACACUAUUGAGCUGAAUGCGAAUUCUCUUGAAGUUCCUGAGGAAACUCUUCUACGAUAUGUGCGUCUGAUUAAGAGUGGUGGUCUCAGAGCUAAACCAAUGUUUGCUGUGAAAUUCAACAAGUCUGAUAUUCCUGGUAGGAAUAGAGCAUUUGGUUCCUAUGUUGUUCCAGAACCUCGAUCAAGCGAGUUUGUUGAAGACAUAGAUCUCUUGAUCAGAAAGGCUGAAAGGUGUUUAGAAGCCGGGGCAGACACGAUUAUGAUUGACGCGGAUGAUGUUUGCAAAUACCCAGAUUCUCUUCGAGCAGACAUAAUUGCUAAAGUCAUAGGACGUUUGGGAAUAGAGAAGACUAUGUUUGAAGCAUCUGAUGGGAAGUUGGCUGAGUGGUUCAUCGAACGUUAUGGUCCAAAUGUGAAUCUGUAUGUGGAUCAUUCUCAGAUUAUGGAUCUUGAGUGCCUUCGUGGUCGUCAUCUGGCAUUUGGUUUUGUGUUUAUAAUGAAUGGAAAGCUUAGCUCUGGAACAACACCCCACGAGGCAGAUCCUCCCCAGGCAUCAAACUUGGCCUUCUCUCCCGAGGCUGCUCCUCCAGACACCUCUGCUAUGGACGAUGACUCUGACAUAAAUUAUGAACCUGUGCCACCAUUUGUCCCCGAGUUCCCCGUUUUUAUAUUUUACUUGGGGGAAAGGAAACACGAUGAUCCUAAUUUGGUGACUCAAUCACAUCUUGAAAUCCUGAAAUCGGUUCUUGGAAGCGAAGAAGCAGCCAAUAAGUCAGUUGGUCUACAGUUAUCACCAUGGGUUUUCUGGCUUUGCAGCGAAGCUCAAACCAGCCGAGGCAGAGAAAUUGAAAAGUAUUGUCUUCUACAUGAGACCAACAUGGGCAGUGGUGCUAUUAUUGGCGUUAUCGACUCUGGGAUAUGGCCAGAAUCAGGUGCCUUUGACGACGAUGGAUAUGGACCAAUACCAAAACAAUGGAAAGGACAAUGUGUAUCUGCAGACCAGUUCAGUCCUGUAGAUUGCAACAAAAAGCUUAUUGGAGCUAAAUACUACAUUGAUGGUCUUAAUGCAGAUCUCGAAACAAGUAUCAACAGUACUAUAGAAUAUCUAUCUCCUAGAGAUCGUAAUGGCCAUGGGACUCAGGUAUCCUCAACGGUAGCUGGUUCCUUCGUUUCUAAUGUGACUUUGCCCGGUCUCUCCUCUGGGUCAAUCAUGAGAGGUGGCGCUCCAAAGGCGCACAUAGCUAUGUAUAAAGCAUGUUGGGAUGUGGAAGGAGGGAUGUGUUCAGUUGCUGAUCUGGUAACUGGAGGAUCCCGCUAUUCAUCGGUUAUUAACAUUUCUCCAUGGAUAUUAACCGUGGCUGCGACUACCCUUGACCGGUCUUUCCCUACAUUGAUCACACUCGAGAACAAUAAAACCUUUCUGGGUCAGAGUCUGUACACAGGACCAGAAAUUAGCUUCACUGAUCUGAUUUGUACUGCUGAUCAUAGUAAUCUUGAUCAAAUUACAAAGGGUAAAGUUAUAAUGCACUUCUCGAUGGGUCCCACGCCUCCGAUGACACCGGAUAUUGUUCAGGAAAACGGUGGUAUCGGUCUAAUUGAUGUGAGAAGUCCGAGUGAUAGUAGAGUUGAAUGUCCCGCUAACUUUCCAUGUAUCUACGUGGAUUUGGAAGUUGGAUCUGAGCUAUAUACCUACAUCCCAAACUACGAGAUAAGCCCAUACAAGACAAUAAUUGGCGAAAGAGUAGCAAGUAAAGUCGCAAAGUCAUCGGCAAGAGGGCCUAGUUCAUUUUCACCUGCCAUUCUUAAGCCGGAUAUAGCAGCUCCGGGAAUAGUAGCACUCCUCAAGAUUUCGCAUCCUAAUUGGUCUCCUGCUGCAAUCAAAUCAGCUCUUGUCACAACAGCCAUGAAAACUGAUCCAUACGGCGAGCGUCUGACUGUAGAUGGAGGUAACUAUAAGGAAGCCGAUGCAUUCGAUUACGGAGGAGCACUUUACACAGACAAGAAGGUUUCUGCUCUAACCGGAAACGUCACUAGUAAGUGCCCGAGCUCAGGUUCGUCGAUUCUUGACCUCAAUGUACCGUCAAUUACCAUUCCAGACCUCAAAAGAAACGUCACAGUGACCCGAAGCGUGACAAACGUUGGACCUGUCAAGUCGGUUUAUAAGCCUGUGAUCGAGACCCCAUUAGGAUUCAAGGUUGUGGUUUCGCCGAAGAAGUUAAAGUUUAACAAAAGAAGAAACAAGGUUGCGUUUAAGAUUUAUAUAGUGCAUUUAGGCGUGAGGCAACAUGAUGAUUCUGAGUUGGUCUCUGAAUCACACCAGAGGAUGUUGGAAUCGGUUUUUGAAAGCGAGGAAGCUGCUCGAGAUUCCAUCGUCUACAACUAUCACCAUGGAUUUUCCGGGUUUGCAGCCAGGCUUACAGACUCACAAGCUAAGCAACUUUCAGACCGUCCUGAUGUUUUCAGUGUCACACCAAAUCGAAAAGUUCAGUUGCAGAGCACGAGGGUUUAUGAUUAUUUGGGUCUUCCGCCAAGUUUUCCCUCAGGAAUUCUCCAUGAGAGCAACAUGGGAAGUGAUCUUGUCAUUGGUUUUCUUGACUCAGGAGUAUGGCCAGAGUCUCCGGCUUUUAAUGACGAAGGGCUUGGACCGAUACCGAAACAUUGGAAGGGGAAGUGUGUAGCCGGAGAGGGUUUUGACCCAGCAAAGCAUUGCAACAAGAAGUUAGUAGGAGCAAAGUACUUCACUGAUGACUGGGAUGAGAAAAAUCCUGGGAACCCAAUCACCGAGGACGAAUUUAUGUCCCCUAGAGGUUUGAUUGGACAUGGGACGAUGGUCUCUUCAAUUGCAGCCUCUUCAUUCGUGCCUAACGCGUCAUAUGGUGGUCUUGCACCUGGUCUCAUGAGAGGCGGUGCUCCAAAGGCUCGUAUAGCUAUGUACAAAGUUGCCUGGGAUAGUGUUACUAUGGGUUCAACCACUGCGAAUAUGGUCAAGGCAUUUGAUGAGGCCAUAAAUGAUGGCGUUGAUGUAUUGUCGAUUUCUCUAGCCUCUGUGGCUCCUUUUCGCCCAAUUGACGCUAUUACGGAAGAUUUGGAGCUUGGAUCGUUCCAUGCGGUGACAAAGGGCAUUCCGGUUAUAGCUGGUGGUUCUAAUACAGGCCCUGAUGCUUACACUGUGGCUAAUGGCGCUCCAUGGCUUCUCACAGUCGCUGCAACUAACGUAGACCGUACCUUUUAUGCAGACAUGACUUUUGGAAAUAACAUUACCAUAAUGGGUCAAGCUCAACAUACAGGUAAGGAAGUAUCUGCUGGUUUAGUUUACAUUGAAGACUAUAAAAACGACAUCUCUAGCGUGCCGGGAAAAGUUGUCCUGACGUUUGUGAAAGAAGAUUGGGAAAUGACAAGCGCAUUGGCGGCUACAACUACCAACAAUGCGGUGGGGCUGAUCGUGGCACGAAGUGGUGAUCAUCAAAGUGAUAUUGUCUAUAGUCAACCAUUCAUCUACGUAGACUAUGAAGUCGGAGCUAAGAUUCUACGAUACAUCCACUCGUCAAGUUCUCCCACGGUUAAAAUUAGUACUGGUAAAACGCUCGUAGGACGUCCUAUUGCGACUCAAGUUUGCGGAUUCUCAUCUAGAGGGCCUAAUCCAAUCUCUCCAGCCAUUCUCAAGCCUGAUAUAGCAGCCCCCGGUGUGACGAUUUUAGGAGCUACAGCUGAAGACAGCCCCGGUUCUUUCGGUGGUUAUUUUCUAGGCACAGGGACAUCCUAUGCCACUCCCGUUGUUGCGGGUCUCGUUGUACUACUCAAAGCUUUACACCCUGACUGGUCUCCUGCCGCGCUAAAAUCCGCCAUUAUGACUACAGCAUGGAAGACUGAUCCAUCCGGAGAACCAAUCUUUGCGGAGGGAGAACCACGGAAACUGGCUGAUCCAUUUGACUACGGUGCAGGACUCGUGAACGUGGAAAGAGCCAAAGAUCCAGGACUAGUUUAUGACAUGAACCUCGAUGAUUACAUUCACUAUUUCUGCGUCACUGGUUACAACGAUACAGCAAUCACUCUAAUCACCGGAAAACCCACGAAAUGCUCAUCUCCGUUACCGUCUAUCCUCGAUCUUAACUACCCGGCCAUCACAAUUCCCGACCUUGAAGAAGAAGUGACCGUCACAAGAACAGUGACUAACGUUGGACCUGUGGAUUCAGUUUACAGAGCCGUGGUCGAGCCUCCGCGAGGUGUAACGAUUGUUGUCGAACCGGAGACUCUGGUGUUCUGUUCGAACACGAAGAAACUUGAGUUUAAAGUUAGGGUUUCGUCAAGUCAUAAGAGUAACACUGGUUUUAUCUUUGGUAGUUUCACUUGGACUGAUGGGACUCGAAAUGUUACCAUUCCUUUGUCUGUAAGGACUCGUGUAUUGAACCCUUGAAUAAGAAGAUUCCAUAAAUCGUCAUAAAUUGU